AUGAGAUUGCUCGCGUUCUUUGUAUUAACGGCAACUAUUACCGUUGUGUCCGCUGAUGUCGCACCCAACACUAGCCAAGUCAAGUAUGUAGGCAAAGAGUGGCUUCAAAGGCAGAAAAAAUUGUUAUUGUUGUUCCGACAUCUGUACCAGAAGGAUUGGAAUCCGCAGUUCGUGGCUUUUGCGAACAACUUCGAUGUGAAGAAGAACUUCCAUUUGUAUGACAACGAAGAUGCAGCUAGGGAGUUCUGGACUUACUAUGAGCAUGGUAUGCUCCCGAAAGGAGAAGUGUUCUCCGUGCUGAACCAAGUACAUCGUGAACAAGCAGUCGCAUUAUUUCAUUUAUUCUACUACGCCAAGGAAUGGGAAACCUUCUAUAAAACAGCUGUAUGGGCUCGCUACUAUAUGAACGAAGAAAUGUUUGUGUACGCGUUGACAGUUGCCAUUACCCAUCGACAGGAUUUGGCUGGAUUUAUUCUUCCAGCUCCAUAUGAAAUCCUCCCUCAGCAGUACAAAAUGCAGGGAUAUUACGGAAUGAAGAAAGAUGAUGAAGCAUACACUGGCAUCGUUACGAGCAAUUACACAGGGUGGUACGUGCAUACAAAUCCCGAACAGAAGAUUUCCUACUUUACCGAAGACAUCGGAUUUAAUACCUACUACUAUUAUUUUCACAUCAACUACCCUUUUUGGAUGGGAGGUAAGGAAUAUGGUUUGUACAAAGACCGCCGAGGGGAGUUGUAUCUUUAUGAACAUCAGCAAAUUUUGGCCCGCUACUAUCUGGAACGUCUGUCGAAUGAUCUGGGUCCCAUAAGGAAACUCUCCUGGUAUUGGCCAGUAAAAAAUGGCUACAAUCCUGAUCUGCAUUACUAUAAUGGGCAACCAUUUCCAAGUCGCGAUAACUACUACUUCGUCAAUCAAGAAUCUAACUACUACCACAUACAGUUGAUCGAUGAUUAUGAGCAUCGAAUUCGUGAGGUGAUCGAUCGUGGGUUUUUGUUGAAGUCUGACGGUAAGAUGAUCAACUUCUCAACUCCGGAAGCCAUCGAUUAUCUUGGAAAUUUAAUUCAAAGCAAUCCGGACAGCAACGAUAGUCGAUAUUUCAAGUACUUAAGCAUGUUUUCGCGUAUGAUUUUGGGAGCAUCUGUUAAGCCAGUCGAGAGCCAUAAAGAAAUACCCAGUGUUCUUGAGCAUUUCGAGUCAGCUUUGCGUGACCCAGUGUUCUACCAAAUUUACAAACGCAUUAUUCAGUACUACCAUCAAUUCAAAAGUCAUCUUCCAGCAUAUACUUAUGAAGAACUAUAUUUCCCAGGAAUUAAGAUUGACGAUGUCUCCGUUGAUAAGCUUGUUACAUAUUUUGAUCGAUUUGAGGUGGACAUCACCAAUGCAGUUGACAUUAAACCAGAACCGUAUGAUGAAGCCAAGUUCAUCGAUUUUGGUGAGAUUGAUUACCAGCAGGAUCCGAUUGCGAUCAAGGCUCAUACAACCCGAUUGAAUCAUAAACCAUUUACUUACAGAAUAAGUGUCACCGCCGUAAAAGCUGUCAAAUCUAUCAUCCGCGUCUUCAUUGGGCCCAAGUACGAUGAAUCUGAAUCACAGUACUGGCUAAAUGAGAACCGUCAGAACUAUUAUGAGCUGGACUACUUCGCGUAUGAUUUGGCUCUCGGCAAGAGUGUCAUAACCCGCAAUUCACUUAGCUUCAAUGGAUACGUCAAGGAUCACACUUCAUUUUACGAGCUGUACAAACGAGUUGCAUUGGGGUACGAAGGAGCUGAAAAGUUCCCCCUGAAUAUGUCCAAAUCACACUGCGGCUUUCCGAAUCGACUGAUGCUUCCGAAGGGCAAGAAGGGAGGUAUGCCGUUUAAGUUGUUCUUCAUCAUCUCGCCAUACCACGCACCAGAAAUACCACAGUACACCGGAUUUGAUCCGGCCGUGUCCUGUGGUGUUGGAUCCGGCGCACGGUACUUUGAUAAACUGCCGUUUGGCUAUCCGUUUGAUCGUAAGAUUGAUGAGACUUAUUUCCACGUGCCGAACAUGUUCUUCGAGGAUGUUAUGAUCUUCCAUGAGAAGGAAGAGGAUAUCAACGGCGUUGUUUAAGCAGCUUUCGAUCGAUCAUUUUUAGACAUUAGGUCUACCAAAUCAAAUCCCCCCCCAUCGGGCUGGGAAAUUUAGAUUCGUUCGCGCUAUAAUGUGAUAUUGUUUGUAAUAAAAAGUUCAGCGUACCAGACAGUAAAAAUAAAAC